GAUGUUGCCCUAAGAGUACAUAAAAGACGAUAAAGAACAACAAACUCCGAGAAGUGCCCUUUUUAUGAAAAAUAAAAGAAAAAAUGUUAAAUUAAGAAAUUAAAAUAAGUGUUUUGUGUUUAUUGUUCCUGUUUAAUUGUGUUGGAUAUUUGUGAAAAUGAUUAAAAUCCAUUAAUAAAAUAUGCAUUGGGCAUAAAAUUGCAAUGAAAUUGUCAAUAAAAAAAUAUUAAACAUAAAAUAUAUACGUGCAUUCAUAUGGGAGUGUGUUUGUGUAUUUGUGAACUAAUAACAGCAACAAUAACAACGACAAGUAGGAGAAAAAAUCUCAUACACAUACAAAUCGAGUGGUCGUCGGUCGGUCGUCGGUCGGUCGUCGUCACAACAAAAAUAAAAUCAAUUGAAAACCUAUUAUAAUUGGGCACGUUUCCUCAUGAAGUGCUGGGAAAACAAGUGAAACGAAUUAAAACAUAAUAAAACGCGCCAAACAAAAACCCUAUAUUUGCGCCGCAACGCAGCAGCUCCGCGCACCAACCAACCUCAAUAAUCCAAUUGAGGUUGUGGUCACCAGGAAAAAACAUCGACUUCCUCUUUUCAUCUAUGCAGCAACAACAACAUUGUAUGCUUGGUCAGGCACUUCACCAACACCCCCACUAAGUCAACAAUAAAGCCAGGGAAGCGGGCAUUUGUUUUGCCCAACCAGUUCAUAUCCUGUUGUAGCCGCUUGUAACGUUCACCCGUCCGUUCGUUCCAACACGUUUCACGUCGCCAUGACGGAACAACAAGCGUUUACAAAAAUGUGGCCAAUGUCCAUAAUGGUGACAUUGGCGGUGUUGGCAUUGUGUGUGAAAAAUAUAUCCUGCGAUUAUGAAAAUACAUGGAAUUUUUACAACGAACAGCCAUGUUGCGGCGGCAGUGACAAUGCGAACUAUGCCACCAAACAUAGACGAGAUCAUGUCCGAGAAUUCAAUUGUGGAAAACUCUACUACCGAACUUUCCAUAUGGACGAGGAAAGGGAUUCACUAUAUGUGGGAGCCAUGGAUCGCAUAUUCCGUUUAAGCCUUAAAAAUAUAUCCUCAUCAACAUGUGAUCGUGAUCUUAUUAAUUUAGAGCCCACACGAGAUGAUGUUGUAAGCUGCGUAUCAAAAGGCAAAAGUCAGGUGUUCGAUUGCAAAAAUCACAUUCGUGUCAUACAAAAAAUGCAAGGCAACAGGCUGUAUGUGUGCGGUACAAAUGCUCACAAUCCCAAGGAUUAUGUCAUUUAUACAAAUCUAACACACUUAUCACGAUCUGAAUUUGUCAUGGGCAUUGGUUUGGGCAUUGCCAAGUGUCCCUAUGACCCCUUGGACAACUCGACAGCAAUUUAUGUUGAAGAAGGAAAUCCUGGUGGUUUGCCUGGCUUGUAUUCCGGUACAAAUGCUGAAUUCACUAAAGCGGAUGCUGUCAUAUUUCGUACGGAUUUGUAUAACACCACGGCAAAACGUUUGGAAUACAAAUUCAAACGUACACUGAAAUACGAUUCCAAAUGGUUGGACAAACCCAACUUUGUUGGCUCCUAUGACAUUGACGAUUAUGUGUAUUUCUUUUUCCGCGAAACCGCUGUCGAGUACAUCAAUUGCGGCAAGGCUGUGUAUUCGCGCAUUGCCCGUGUCUGCAAAAAGGAUGUGGGUGGCAAGAGUAUUCUGGCCCACAAUUGGGCUACCUACUUAAAGGCUCGCUUGAAUUGCAGUAUUUCCGGUGAAUUCCCCUUCUAUUUCAAUGAGAUUCAAUCGGUGUAUCAGCUGCCAAAUGAUAAGACACGUUUCUAUGCAACAUUUACCACAAGUACAAAUGGUCUAAUCGGUUCGGCGGUGUGCAGUUUCCACAUCAACGAGGUGAAAGCAGCGUUCGAUGGUAAAUUCAAAGAACAAUCUAAUUCAAAUUCUGCUUGGUUGCCGGUGUUGAAUGCACGUGUCCCCGAACCUCGCCCCGGUACGUGUGUCAAUGAUACCGCAAAUUUACCCGAUGCCGUUUUAAAUUUCAUUCGCUCACACCCUUUGAUGGAUAAGGCUGUGAAUCAUGAGCACAGCAAUCCGGUCUAUUAUAAACGUGAUUUGGUCUUCACAAAAUUGGUGGUGGAUAAAAUUAAAAUCGAUAUCUUAAAUCAAGAAUAUACCGUUUAUUAUGUUGGCUCCAAUUCGGGACACAUCUACAAAAUCGUUCAGUAUUAUCGCAACGGCGAAUCUCUGUCGAAGCUCUUGGAUAUCUUUGAAAUCGCCCCCAACGAACCCAUUCAGGUGAUGCAAAUCAGUCAGACACGUAAAUCGUUGUACGUUGCCACGGAUCAUCGUGUCAAACAAAUCGACAUGGCCAUGUGCAAUCGUCGCUACGACAAUUGUUUCCGCUGUGUACGUGAUCCCUACUGUGGUUGGGAUAAGGACGCCAAUACAUGUCGUCCGUACGAAUUGGAUUUGUUGCAGGACGUUGGCAAUGAGACCAGCGAUAUUUGUGAUUCGAGCGUUUUAAAGAAGAAAAUCACCGUUACCUAUGGCCAAAGUGUACAUUUGGGGUGCUUCGUUAAAAUACCCGAGGUUUUGAAAAAUGAACAAGUCACUUGGUAUCACCACUCAAAGGAUAAGGGACGCUAUGAAAUCAAAUACAAUCCCACCAAAUACAUUGAAACCACAGAGCGAGGUUUGGUUGUGGUAUCCGUUAAUGAGGCCGAUGGCGGACGUUAUGAUUGCCAUUUGGGUGGUUCCUUGCUGUGCAGUUAUAAUAUCACCGUUGAUGCUCAUAGAUGUACACCACCUAACAAGAGUAACGACUAUCAGAAAAUCUAUUCAGAUUGGUGUCACGAAUUUGAGAAGUACAAAACAGCCAUGAAGUCAUGGGAAAAGAAACAAGCGCAAUGUUCAUCGCGUCAAAAUUUCAGCCAACAACACCCCAAUGAAGUAUUUCGCAAAAACAUAGUCUGAUAUCAAGAAGGACUCAAUGAUGCUGCUAAUCCAUUAACGUCCAUUAAACUUUUUUAAAAGAAAAACAAAAUUAUUCAUUUUGAUCUAAAAACAAGGAAACAACAACAAUUUAACAACUAACAAAUUCAUGAGAAACACACAAAAAAACAGACACACAAACGCAUACAUACUUAACCAUAUAUAUAUACAAUGCAAAGCAAUAGCAAUAUACUAUUUAUAUAAAAACAAAGAAAAAAAACAACAAAAUAGCAAAGAAACUAAUUAAAAGAUAACUGGCAAUGACGAAGCCGUUUAAACGCUAACAUAACGUAAAGACAUAAAAUCUGCAGUUUAGACAAAGACAAAGAGACAAAACACUAUAAAAGUUCCCGCAUAUUUAAAAAAUACAUAACAUUAUUACGAUUAUUAUUAUUAUACAUAUGACAAGAAAAAUAGCAAUAUGAGAUCACAAUAAACGUGGCAUUUAUUAUAGAGA